AUGAGUCCCCUACGACACAAGCCAUCGACGGUAGAUCCGAAUCUGAACACCGAGGAGGAUCUGACAAAGCUUUGUGAGAAAGCUGCUGUAGAGGCAAGCGCCCUCCGUCAGCGUGAAAUGUUUCGCAGGGCUUUGAAGGCUGAGGGAGAUAUGGAAGAGCUUUGUGAGGAAGCUGCCGAAGAGGCAAGCGCCCUCUUUGAGCAGCCUGCCGAGCCGCCUGUUCAAUGCCCUAAACCGAGGAUGAACUACAGUAAACACGAAGCGCAAGCGCGACACACUAUAAAUGUCUUCGGCUGGGCAAUGAGGAAGUUCCCUUAUACUACGCAUAUUUGCCGCAAAUGGGACGCCGGCGGAAGCAGAUUCCACAAGGCAGAAGUUCAACACACGUUUCAAUCCUUUCCAGAAUCUGGGGGCGCUGGUUUUGCACAGCGACCGGAACUUCAAACCGGAGGAAAUGUGGUCACGAGGGCCAGGACACGCGAGCGCCCUGGAGUUGAGGCUCGUCGCGAGCACCCUGGAGUUGAAGCUCAUCGCGAGCACCCCGGAGUUGAAGCUCGUCGCGAGCACCCUGAAGCUCAUGAAGGAGUAGCUUGGAUUUAG